UUCUCCCUAGUGUCACCAACAAUGAGUGAAUCGCAGAGCUUUUCCUUACCCUACUCAAAGGGUAAUUAUGAAGACAUGGCAGAAGCGCAUCAUCGUUCAGCCAGCCGUACAAGUAAUGAGAAAUAUGAUGAUGCUGAUGAACAAUACUCACACACAUUCAAACCCAACAAUUCGUCGGUGGGAUGGGUUAUAAACACCAUAGGUGAAUUAGCAUACAGACACAAGAAAACGUUUGUGGUCUUGGUCGCUUUACUUAUAUUGUCAGUUUUUACCAAUGCUCCGUUUAUCCCACAUUUCAAACCCUCCGACCCAAAGAUUGUUAUUAUAUUAGCUGCCAACGAAGGCGGAGGUGUAUUGAAAUGGAAAUCACCACAAGAAUGGUCGGUUGAAAGAUCUUCCAUUGCUAAUAAGAAAAAUUAUGCCAAAAGACAUGGAUAUGGAUUAUCUAUCAAAGAUAUGACUAUUAAGAAGCGAUAUUCGCAUGAAUGGAGAGAAAGUUGGGAAAAGGUUGAUAUCAUGAAACAAACAAUGAGGCAAUAUCCUAACACUGAAUGGUUUUGGUGGUUAGAUUUACAUACAUUCAUUAUGGAACCGCAAAUUUCCUUAGAAGAGCAUUUCUUGAAUAAUUUGGACAAUGCCACUUAUAGAACUUUGGAUACAUUCAACCCGUUGUCUUUGCCUGUUGACAUGCCUUAUGUUGAUUACACUGAACCUGUUGACAUGAUUAUAACUCAAGAUUGUGGUGGGUUUAAUUUAGGAUCUUUUUUAAUGAGAAGAUCUAGUUGGUCGGAGAUGUUGUUAGAUAUCUGGUGGGAUCCAGCCAUGUAUGAACAAAUGCAUAUGCAAUGGGAACAUAAGGAACAAGAUGCAUUGGAAACUUUAUUUAAUACUCAACCUUGGAUUAGAGAAAGAAUCGGAUUCUUGCCAUUAAGAAAAAUUAAUUCAUUUCCACCAGGGGCUUGUUCAGAUAAGGCUGAUGAUCCUAGAUACUUCUUCCAGGACCAUGAUUUCGUGAUCAAUAUGGCUGGUUGUGAAUGGGGAAGAGAUUGUUGGGGCGAAAUGGAACAUUAUAAAGCAUUAUCAAAGAAAUUACAUAAACAUUGGUGGAAGUUCUGGUAGGUGUGUACUAAUGCUAUCUCUUUUACAUAGUUUAUAAUACCGCGUUAUAUAAAGAAAAUAAGUCGUGUGUAA